GUUACAACCAAGGAAAUAUGUCAAGACGAAGAAUACUUAACACUUUAAAUAUUUAUUCAGUUUAAUAACCAUCCUCUAUGUUACGACUGAACUGGCGAAUUUCGGAAGCAGUGUUCUUGUUGACAUUCGACUCCCCUAGAAGCACUGUACCAGCCAGAUAGACCGAGUCGAUCCUCCCCGGUAACGAGGAAUUACAUCCGCAGGAAGUUUGUCAAGUUGUUAACUUGAUGCAAGAGAAAACGGAAUACACUCCGAAACACAAAGUGAUGGAUGAUUUGGAUGCCUUGCUCGCUGAUCUGCAGUCAACAACUGCCCACAUUUCUACCUAUCAGCACAACAUCAGCCAGCCGGCUCCAGUAGUCGUCAACAACAACCGCGACAGCUCAGCGUCAGAUCGUGACUCACGCAGCUCCACUCCACCCCUGCCUCCCCCACCCCCACAAGAGGUCCUUGACAGUCUACCCCCACCCAGAGGUCUAGAUCAGCCAAUUUAUGAGAGUCAGAAUUUCCGUAUGAGAGAGACGACCCCUGGCUCCGACACGUCGCACAGUUCUGACGCAUUUCCCGACAAAGGGCGGCACCAACAAGGCAUGUCACAGCUGAGCAGCAACCUCACUGAGCUUGAUCAACUCCUCCAGGAUCUCAACUCGGCACAGUUCAUUGCCGACAUCGACAAAAAAAACACAGGACCGGAGCCUAUAGUGAACGGCAGUAGUACCGGCCGGAUACCGCCGCAGGUUGCCCCGAAACCGGUGAGAACGACCGAGCGAGCCACGGUUGAGAGUCUACUCGAUGAACUAGAGUGCACUGUACCACCAGGGUCUCAAGGAGGAUCAGGAACAGGGCAGCAUGUGUACAGCUCACAGCAGGGAUCCCUGAGAACUCCCCCAGUACAGAGCACCUCCACCGCAACACGCGAACUUGAUGAUCUUAUGAACUCACUCUCAGAGUUUAAGCUACAGAACAGAGCCCAGCAGCCAGUGUCUGAGCCUGCGUACGCGAAGCCAAACAAGGGGAAAGCGGUGGAGCAGCCGCUCGGUGGGAUGUCUGCGCCAAUGCCGACCACGAACCAGCUAGAGACGAUGUUGGGUGACCUCCAGACGGACAUGAAUCGCCAGGGGGUCAGCACCAAGACGAAGGGUGUGUGUGCAGCCUGCAACCAGCCCGUCGUCGGACAGGUUAUCACAGCACUUGGGAGGAUUUUUCACAUAGAACAUUUCACGUGCACCCAUUGUAACGAGACGCUUGGGACUUGCAACUUCUACGAGCGCGAGGGCAAGGCGUAUUGUGAGAGAGACUACCACGAACUGUUUGCUCCAAGGUGUGCCUACUGCAAAGGACCAAUUAUAGAUAAAUGUGUGACUGCCUUGGACAGGACGUGGCACCCUGAACACUUCUUCUGCGCAAAGUGUGGCCGAGCUUUUGGUGAGGAGGGCUUCCAUGAACGCGAGGGCAAGGCCUACUGCAGAGAUGACUACUACGAGAUAUUUGCACCCAAGUGUGGAGGGUGUGGCAACCCGAUCAUGGAUAACUACAUCACAGCGCUGAAUCGCCACUGGCACCCAGAAUGUUUCGUGUGCUGGGACUGCCAUGCCCCGUUUGGUGGUGGCAGUUUCUUUGACCACGAGGGUCUGCCGUACUGCGAGACCCACUACCAUGCCAAGCGCGGCUCACUGUGUGCCAGCUGCCAGAAGCCGAUCACCGGGCGCUGCAUCACGGCCAUGUUCAAGAAGUUCCACCCCGAACACUUCGUGUGUGCCUUCUGUCUGAAACAACUGAACAAGGGAACCUUCAAAGAGCAGGCCGACAAACCGUACUGUCACCCCUGCUUCGUCAAGCUGUUCGGCUGAUCAUGAUUGCCUCCCUUUCUAUCACAGUCUUCCACAACCAGCAGAAAUAAAGGAUGACAACCAGAAUUAGUUAUGUUAAAAAUCAUGGUCUUCCAAAAAUGUUUUUAUUUUCUGAAAAAUUAGAAAAGAAAGCUAUUGCGUUUAUUUAUUCCAAUUAUGUAGCUUUCAUUACUCAUAUUACUAAAUAUGUCCGAUGAAACAAACUACAUUUAUAAAGAAAAAGAAAAGAAAAAGAUAUGAAGUAAAAGAGUGGAUUCCAUUCAUAUUGGCAGAAAGUGUACAUAACCAAUUCUCGGGCCUAAUUCACGUGCACCCAUUGUAAACAGUAUUUGUGUCGUUUUGAAUGAUAGCAAAGUCAUGUCAUGGUAGUCAUUAGGCCCCUGGUUGUCAACCUUUGAUAUGUUGUGUUGUUAAACAGAUACAGCUAAAAUUUAGUAUUUUUCAAUACUUUUUAUACACAAACUUAACAUAGGAAAAAUAACACUUUGGAAGAUAUUCUGUGGUUAACUGAACAAUGUAUUAAAGACGCUGACUACUUGUUAGGCAGUGCAAACUAUAUUGGUCAUUAUAGCUUUUAUCCUCUUUUAAGUUGCACUUUAGUUACAACUUCUCCAUUAAGUUGUCAAUGUUGGCAACUCCAUGUGUUUCUGGUCCUGGUGUUUUGAUAAGAUACAUAGAUCAGGAACUGGGGUCUGUGACUUUACCAAUGUAUUUAGCUCCAUGCUGUAGAACUGUCACAGCCUUCAUACUUCUUAAUCCAAACUCUGACACCAUGCAGCUUACAUGCCAUUGAAUCUUGUGUUUCAGUUUAAGUAUUUACUUUAUAUACCAUCCACAUAACCAUGAUCUUACGUACUCUCACGUGACUUUACACUGAUCUCUUUCCUGAGUUUCUCAGCAAAUAAAUGAACAUUUCUAGCUGUGUCUAGGCAAAUUUGUAAUAAUAAAACAAAAAGUUAAUGUUAUGAUUGUAUUGCUACAAGAUUAUGCUGUUGUAUCAGUCAACUUUGGACUAAAUGACUAUUAUAUUAGGUGUCUGUGGUCUGCACCCUACAUGGCCAGUCUUGACUAUGCGGCUGUUUUUGUUAAGAGGUGUCCAGCCACAUGUAAAAACAUGGUGUGUGCAGAUUUUGGUUUGUGUAUAUAGUUUAUGAAGUGCUCAAGUGUAUUGGAAUUUAUUUUGUGGUUACUAUAGUAGCAACAUAUUGAUUUAUUUUUUUAGUGUAAUCAUGGAUAAUGGAAUGCUUAUACACCAGUGCUGAUAAUGGGUGAAGAUGCUUGAUAAUAAUAAUUAUACAAUUGUGCUUUUUCUUCUUUUUUUUCUGCACUGAUUUAGAUCAAUGAUUUAAGUUUUGUUGACUUAUCUGGAAAACACUAAAAGGAGCUACCGGUAGAUGCCACUAACUGGGGAUUAAUUCCUGCUUUAUGCAUUUUUUUAAAGGAUUUUUAUUUCUUUAUAAUUUUUAUUAUUAUUUUAUUUUUGUUUUUGUUUUAUAAUAAUACAGUUGCAAUGAUAUAUUAAAGUUUUAUUGUACAAGUAUAAACAUGUGAUCACAUUAUUUAUCAUUAUGUCAGUGUACAUGUUCUUAUGUAUGGUAUGUGAUUUCUGUUUGAUUCCUCUUUAAUGUCAUUCUCGUGUAAACAACCUGACCCAAAUGACGACAGCUGUAACAACUAUUGACAUCCCCAUGCUUAUCAGUGGAGUAGGUUAUAGGAUUGGUAGCCUUUGCUCUAGAACCGAGGGGUUUUUUUUAAAAGUUAAACGCGUGUUUUAAAAACAUGGUUAUGUCUCUUUCUAUGGGAAGCAGCCAUAUUGACUGGUUGCUGGUCAAAACAAUCAGCUGUUUUCUUCUCUCCCUCUCAGUAUGUUGCUGCUAAAUGAUUGAUCCCCAACAUCCUCUGAUUAAGUAUUGUAGUGAGGUGUUAAUGUUAGUAAGAUGUUAGCAGAAAGUGCUGCUACUGACAGCAGCUGAAUGGAAUUUUCCUUAUUAAUUUAGUUGAUAAGACUCUGAUACAGAGAGUCGCUGGUUCAUAUCUCCUCAGUGGGGGUUUAGUUACGGUAUCUGUUUGUUUUCAUUCAUUUCAAUUGCAUGUGUAGAUGAUUAAAAUCUUAAAUGGAUAACCCUGUAUUACUUCAUUUAUGAUGUCGGUUAUCAGCUGUGAAUGGUUUUUAGUGGGGGGUUUUCAAAUUAUGUUUUGUUUUUUUCCCUGUUCUUGUUAUUGUGUGUAUUAUCAUUAAACAUGUUGUUAAUUUGACUGGUUAAGGAUCAGACUUGAAGAGUCAUAUCAUUCAUUGUGUUUUAUAUGGCCUGUAUUCGUAAACAUGGUCUCUCCGUGGUGUGUGUAGAAUUAGGCUGUACACAUUCUGUGACCAUUAACAAUUAAUUGUUCUCGUCCUUUAUUUGAUCAUCAGUUUGUUAUCGUUGCCUGGAAUAAUUAUGAUUUUGAUCGUUUAUAUGAUACCAUACACAUUAAUUUUGAGGCCCAUGAGUUAGAGAUCUGAUGAAGUAGUUUAUUAUCUAGCAUAUAAAUUCCUUUGUACUGAUACAUCAGGGAGAUCAACUAUCCAUGAGUGUAUCACUUAAAAUUCUUCAUGUUGAUAUUCUUUUUCUAUUUUACGUAACAGUCGAUAAAUUAUUUUACAUAAUAGUUGAACAAUUGGGGAAAACAAACUGUGAAUAACUGUGGAAUGCAUUAUAAAUAUUGUUGCCAAAGUGUAUGUGUUGAUAAAAUAGGAGGAACACCAGUGUUUUUAAGUUGAAUUAAGUCCGUUACACUGAUUGUGAAGAUAUGACUUGUGGUUACAUGAGAUUUCACACAUACACUUACUGGGGUAAAUGUGAUACAAUGCAAAAGUGUUCUCUUUUGAUCUCUCGAAUGUUGGUAAGCUAUUUUGAUUCGUUCAUAUUGUCAGUUUUGUAAGUUACGUUUUAUUAUUUUUGUUUCAGUUUAAAAAAUAAAUUCCGUGUUUAUUAAAGCAUUGUAGUUUUCAAAGUUUGAAAGUUUGAAUGCUGUAGCUGGUUUUUUAAUGGUGUGAAUUCUAAAUGUCAAUGUCUUCACUACUUAAUUGAAUUCCUCAGCCAAACGUGACAGAUAGUGACCUUUUGAUUAUAGAACUUACAUUUCAUAUUAGAUGUCAUUUGUAAUGCAGAACAGCAGUAGAAAAUCUGUUUUAUAUAUUUUUUCUGUCCAAUGAGAUUUUUUAAACACUAUAGGUAUUUAAUCAUGUAUUUUGGAGAUAUAUAUAUUAUGAAUAAAUUUUCUAUAUCGUGAAUGUACAUUAAUUAUAAUAUUGUACGGUAUAUUUCUUGUAUCUCAACAGUACAAAUCAGGAAAUUGGUUUGGGUUGUCUUUUGUUAUACAAAUUCGUAUUCAAAUUGUAAGUAUCAUGUUAUUUUUAUUGUUGUAUCAACGUCCCUACAGAGCUAUACUUUUGGACAUAGGUUUGAGGACAACGGUCCCCUUGGAUGACACAGAAAGUGUUUAGAAACAAAAAUAAUGUCUUGAUUUAUCUUGAUGCUUUCAUCUGUAGUCCUCCCCAGCCUCCAUGAACAUUGUGUUUGGUAAGUAAUUUCAGUUUGAUAUGACAAAAAGAAAAAUGUUUUGGAAAUAACAAAAAUGACCUCAUUUUGCUUGCAAUUUACAAAAACAAUCCGUUCAGAAAUAAAUAACAUUGUAGUGAAUACCAUAGUACAGUAAUGACGUUCAUGGCUGUGAAGGACUAUAGUUUGGAAAUUAAGUUGUGAAAACCAAAUUGUGAAAAGUAUUUGGAUUAGAAUAUAUUAUUCUACCUCACUUGUCCUGGAGAGUAGUCUGUGGGGAACAACCUUAUACUUGAAUCAUGUUCUAUAUAAUAAUGGUUGAAGCCAUAAAGCUCUUUUUAAGUAGUUGCAUAGAUUUUUUGUUUUUGUUUGUAACAAUCUGUCUAAAGUUUUUUUUAGAUGUUAUUUGAAGAGCUGUAUUUAGUGUAUGUAUUUGUAAUAACUUUAUUCUAGAAUAUCAAAGUGCCUGUACUAAAAUUCUAUAAAGUUUUGCACUCUUAUGAAUUCUUCAAUUUACAACUUGCACAUUGAAAUAAAUAAUUUUAUGCAUGA